UUGGCUGUCAGUGGCUGACUUCUGGCUAUGGUCAGGUGCUUCUAGUAACCAGCACUAGAAUGGUGGCUUCCAGUUGUGAGCUGCUGAUUAUGGACCAUUUGCAUAUGGUAAAACGAUAUCAGUGCACAUUUGAAGGCUGCCCACGUACUUACAGCACGGCAGGAAACCUGCGGACACAUCAGAAGACUCAUCGUGGUGAAUACACGUUCGUUUGUAAUCAGCAGGGCUGUGGCAAGGCCUUUCUCACAUCUUACAGCCUGAAAAUCCACGUCAGAGUCCACACCAAGGAAAAGCCGUUUGAGUGUGAUGUGCAGGGUUGUGAAAAAGCAUUUAACACACUCUAUCGACUCUCAACGAUGUGGAUGGCUCUUAGCUACCUUCUGGGAUAGGCAAUAAAUGCUGACCAACCUAGUGACAUCCUCAUCUCGUGAAUGAAUAAAACAGAUCCUU